AUGGCGGUGUUGAAGGCGAGGUCGGUUGCCCCUCAGGCGGUGCCUGCCCAUCAGCUGCUACGGCUGUCCCUGGGCUACGGGCUGGCUGGCACGCUGAUCGAGAAGAAGGGGCACUUGAUCGAGCAUGUGACGGAGCAGAGGGUGGAGUCCAAGCAGUCGCUGAGGCCUCGCUCAUCUGUUUGGAGGCCGUCGAUGCUGGCGCGAUUUCUGGUGGUCAAUCAGGAGGAGGACUGGCAUCAGGACUCCCACGGCCUCUGGUUCAAAGUGGACCCCAGUUGGAUGGUGUUUCUCCCGGCUGGGCCUCGCGUGCAAGGCCUGGACAAGCUGAAUAUCAACACGCGCAACCCGAAGCUGGACAUCCGCAUGGGCAGGGUGCUGGCGAGGAAGCUCUUCGAGGCCAAGGUGAGGAUCAGGAACUACCAAUACUCGGGGAAGGAACCGAGUCGGGUGGAGGACCUGCCCAAGCAGUGCGCGACGCAGGCCAGGAAGCCCGACUUCAAGAUCAAGGUGUGGAAGUGCCGAUGCAAGAAGAAGAACUUCGGAUUCCGCUCGAAGCGCAUGGCGUGCACCCUACCAGCGCCACAGCCAGUGCUGGCGCAGCAGCGCUUCAAGGAGGAGAUGAAGGUGGACACGUAG